GCCCCAGAGAGAAGGCUCCGCCCACAUUCCCUAGCUGAUAGGACUCAAGGUAUAAAUAGCGGUCAGGUCACCUAUCAGCGCCGCAGUGCGAACUCCCUAAGAUUCAAAACCUCGAGUCAAGCAGAGCGAGAAAAUGGUGGUGCCAACGAUCACUCCUGCCCCUUCGUUCAACCCAAAGGAAGAUGCCGAAGCCCUGAGGAAAGCCCUGAAGGGCCUUGGCACAGACGAGAAGACCAUCAUCAAGAUCCUCACGAACAGGACGUCCUCGCAGCGACAGGCGAUCCUGAACGAGUACAAUGAGGACAGGGACUUGAUUAAGGACCUGAAGAAGGACCUGAGUGGAAACUUCGAAGACCUCGUGCUUGCUCUGAUGACUCCGAUGGACAGAUACCUCGCGACGGAGCUGCACCGUGCCAUGGAGGGCGUGGGCACAGACGAAGAUGUCCUCAUUGAAAUCCUCUGCACAAGGGACAACCAUUCGCUCAGGAACAUUUCGAAGGCUUACGAGGACGUCUAUGGCAAGAGCCUCUACUUGGCUGUUAAAAAGGAGACCUCGAGCGACUUUGAAAAACUCUCCUGGAUCUGUGCCGCUGCGAUAGGGCAGAGGCUGCAGACCACACACAUGGCCCCCUCUUGCCAAAAGCUCUAUAGGGCAGGAGAAGGAAGGCACGGAGCAGACGAGGACGAGAUCCGUAGGAUCCUGGCCAACUGCUCCUUCGAGACCCUGCGCCUCGUCUUCGAACUCUACCGGAAGGAGACAGGAAACACCUUUGGGGAGGUCAUCGAACAAGAGCUGGAAGGAGACUUCAAAAAGGGAAUGUUAGCUGUCUACGAGAGCAUAAGGGACACUCCAGCCUACUUUGCGCAGGCUAUACACAAGGCCGUCGCUGGCACGGGCACCAAUGACAGAACCUUGAUCAGGCUCCUGGUUUCUCGCAGCGAGAUUGACCUCCAUUCCAUCAAGAAAGAGUACGAAGUUAUCUAUAACAAAUCUCUAGAGAAGGCGAUAAAGGGUGAUACAUCGGGUUACUACGAAAAGAUGCUGCUGGCCCUCAUCAAUGAGUGAAUUAUUCUAUUUGGAACGCAAGAAGAAGACGAAGAAGCAGAAGAAGAAGAAGACGAAGUUCGACUCCAAAUGCUAUUUCUGAAAGUCAAGUGAUAACCUCCGAUUUGUUACAAAAUA